AUCUGGAAGCGUUCGGGAUGGCUGUUGUUUUGUCCAUCUGACGAGCUGCCCGGAAGGUAAACGGCUCUCAUCACUAACACAAGAGGAACAAACUCUCUGACACGUCCAGCACACCUCCAGCCCAAGCGUGACCGCCAGAGAGUCCCCUCAUCCCUGAUGGCCCAGAGAGCUGUGGUCAAGCCCAGAAAGAGUGUGGUCCAUCGGUCUGUGUGUGAGUGGAUUCUCAUGCCAAGUGUGUUUGAAUAGACCGUCCAGGCCUUUCAGAAACUGCUGGUCUGGCUGUCAUGUGCAGCGCAAAGUGAGGAAGUAUGAAUUCAGUGUGACAGCGGGGUUUGUGUGAGUGUGUAUAGCUUGUGACUGUCAACUUGUGUGAAUAAGAGGAAGCAUUGGUGUGUGACUGAAUAUACUAGGCCUCUCUCGUGGUUUGUUAUAUUUUGCAUCCGAGCUGAGGACACAGAGGACUGAAGUGCUGUCAUUUCUAAUAACCACUGAUCUGAUUUAGCCAGACUUAUGUAUCUAUGACUUGGCUUGCUGGUUUUGUUUAGCCAGAGCGAACUAAAUUGAGCUUUUCAGCCUCUGAAAAAAGUGGAAGAGUGCCCGUGGGUCGUGGGGUAAAGUAGCCUGAGCUCUGAGAGGCAGCCAAGGAUUGUGGGGAAUGGAGCUGACAAGUUCCUGUGGUGGAAAUGGAGGUAAAGUUCCUUGACACCGUUCCCGAGUUCCUGUGGCGGGAAAAAACGUUAUAUUGGUGGCGUAUGGCAGAGAGGAGGUCAAGGGAACACAGCCGGUUUGGGAAGGGACAUCUGCAUCCUUCUCUGUGGUCCCAGACCAUGAAUAUUGUGGGCCAGUUAGCAGAGACGGUGUUUGUGACGGUGAAGGAGCUGUACCGUGGCCUGAACCCUGCCACGCUCACCGGAGGGAUUGAUGUCAUCGUGGUCCGGCAGCCCGAUGGAUCGUUCCAGUGUUCCCCCUUCCACGUCCGGUUUGGCAAGCUCGGAGUUCUGCGCUCGAAGGAGAAAAUCGUGGACAUUGAAAUAAAUGGAGAAUGUGUUGACCUGCACAUGAAGCUGGGAGACAAUGGAGAAGCUUUUUUUGUGGAACAAAAUGGAAAUAUGGAGGCCGAGGUCCCAGCGCAUCUCUGCACCUCUCCAAUUCCAACUGAGGUCCCUGAGGAGACAGAGGAGGCACCCGAGGGAUCCUCCUUUGCCGGGUCUGGUGCUCGUAGGAAGAAACGCCGCCGCAAACGCAUGCGCUCCGAUACUCACCUGAGAGAAGAGAACUCGUCAUCCGAUGAGAGAGAACGAGAGAAGGAGUGGGAGAGAGAAAGUGAUCAGGGUGGACCGGAGAGUCCUGGUCAAGAGGAUCUCGCCUCACCGUUACAACUCAGUAAAUCAGUGUACUACUCGCUGUCUGAAGAGCUAAGUGAAGAGUUGAGUCCCACGCACACCAGAGACACUCGCCCGCACUCGGACGGAGAACAGUCGCCCUUGGAAAGCAACGUGUUUUACAGUCGGCCGUCUUCUCCUAAGAGCGACUCAGAGCUUUUUCUUAAACCCAAAGAUUCCCCUGGACCUCAGAUGCAGUGGAACUGGGGAGGUUUUCCCAUGCUGUGUGAGUCAGAGAGGACACCAGUGGACUUACAGCCUAUCUCCCAUUCUGGGAGUUCUCAUUUCUGCACAAUUGAGAGACAGGACUCCUUCGAUAUGGGCUUGGAGCCUGUGAUCAGCUGUGGGAGAGUGGGCAGCGUAACAGUGGUCAGACCACAACCCAGGACUCAGUCCCUCGACCUCAGCCAUGCCAUGCACAGCACUCCUUUAUCCAUCGAGACAAACUCUCACAGUGACCACUCCACCUCUAAGUCUUCAUCAUCAGGGAAGACAGAUGUGGACUCAAGUCAAACACUUGAAACCACAUCAGGAGAAGAAGGGAACAGAGACUCAUCUCUUUAUUCUGCUACUCUGAAUAAUGGUACUGACUCCCUUGAUAGCAAAGAAAGCACAGUCGCUAUUGAGCACGUUAGCACUUUGACUGAAACAGCUGGUACAGUUAUGGCGGCCGUAGAAACAAGUGAAAGUAGUACAGCGUCAUCACAUCUACAACAGCCGGGAGCCUCCUCUGAACAAAGUGAACGGGGUUCAACCAGUAGUGCCCCUGUCAGUGAGGGGGACAGUGGGAUAGAUCCCUGUGCCGAUGGAGGGGAAGAGGUCAACGGACCGGGAGUGUUGCAGGCGUCAAACGGAGACACUCUGUCCAACAGCACUGCACCAAAAGAUGAAGCUGGACACGUGAAGGACGACUCGACUGCUGCAGAGGGGUCAGCAAACUCAUCUGAGAUGUCUUCCAAAGUGGAGCAAGAGGGCAAGAAGAGAGGUAAACGGAAUCACCAUCUAGAACCAUCAGAUAUUUACUUGGAUGAUUUGACCUCACUGGACCCAGAUGUGGCUGCACUCUAUUUCCCAAAGAGUGAAGCAGAGGGAGCGUCUCAGCAAGGGGCGGAGCAGGGCUCACUCUCAGGGAGUCAAUCCCCUCACUCAGUGGGCAGCGGGGCCAUAGACAGCGGCACAGAGUACCUGUCAGACUCCACCUCCUACAACAUGGACAUCAGCAUGUCCCUCUGCGGACGAGAGGGCGGCACCAGCCAGAUCACCAAAGAAAAGUUUAUGGAGCACAUUGUGACCUACCAGGAUUUUGCUAACAAUCCAGGAAUCAUUGAGGAUCCAAGUCUCGUCAUCUGCAUCAACUCCAACUAUUAUAACUGGGCAGUCGCUGCCCCAAUGGUCUUGUCAAUGACAACUUUCCAGAAAAACCUUCCCAAGACUUCGAUAGAGCGGUUGGUGAAAGACAAGAUGCCCAAGAAGUCUGGACGCUGGUGGUUUUCCUGGAGGAGAAGAGACAUCGACAAAAACCAACUGAACAACUCUAAGGAGGCACAAGAGGAGCAGCUGGUCAGUGUUCCUUCCACAGUGAAAGCCACACUGGAUGACAUCGAGAGUGAUGAGGUUGCGGGGCUCGGACGGAAAGCAACGCUUGUUUCCAGCCAAUCAACAGAAACCCUUAUUGCGACUCAGUGUAUCAGCCAGAUGUACCGCAAAUCUCUCCGCCUGACCUCUAAACAGAUAGAACACUUAAACCUGCGUGAGGGAGCCAACAAGGUGGUGUUCAGUGUGACUACACAAUACCAAGGCACCUGUCGCUGUGAGGCUGCCAUCUACCUGUGGAACUGGGACGACCGGGUCAUCAUAUCGGACAUAGACGGCACCAUCACCAAGUCUGAUGCUCUCGGUCAUAUUCUACCUCAGUUUGGAAAAGACUGGACGCACAAAGGCAUCGCCAAACUCUACCACAAAAUACACCAAAACGGUUAUAAAAUCCUGUAUUGUUCAGCGAGGGCUAUAGGUAUGGCUGCCAUCACAAAGGAGUACCUGCAGUGGGUCAAUGACAGAGGCACUGUGCUUCCUAAAGGCCCUGUACUGCUGGCUCCCAGCAGCCUCUUUUCAGCUCUGCACAGAGAGGUGAUUGAGAAGAAACCAGAGGUGUUUAAAGUGGCUUGUCUCAGUGACAUCAAGGACCUGUUCAACCAGCAGAAACGGCCAUUCUACGCCGCCUUCGGCAACAGGACCAACGAUGCUUAUGCCUAUAAGCAGGUUGGAGUGCCUGACACCAGGAUAUUUACUGUCAACCCAAAAGGAGAGCUCAUCCAGGAAAAGACCAAAGGCAACAAGUCCUCGUACUGUCACCUCAGUGAAUUGGUGGAACAUUUCUUCCCUGUGCUCUCUGCUGAGGGCAGCCUGUCUUCUGGCUUUGACUAUCCUGAGUACAGCAGUUUCUCCUAUUGGAAGGAGCCUCUGCCAGAAUUGGACCUGGAUGCACUACUGUAGAAACACGCCCACAUCUAACAAAACACACACACACACACACACACGCAUCACCACUCUUGCUCAGUUCUCUCAUUUUCCAGAAAGGUAUUUCAAUAGAUCGUCCCCAGCCUGCCUGAAUGUUGCCUUUGAUAGACCUGCCAACUGUGGAGCCUCUAUUAUGAGCCACUGGAUAAACUGGGACAAAAAGGGGCACCGGUUCUUUGUUACACUGCACUCAAAUGCAGAUUAAGUCGUAAAAUGCAUGGAUUCUGCAUUUGUACAAUAAAACAAACCAUCCUGCGUUCAUCUCAGUGCCCUUAUAACGACUAUAGCUGUUUACACACUGACCUAAAUGGAAAAAUAUGGCUUUAGACUGUUUCACUGACUGCUAUUGUGUGUAGCACUAUCAAAGCCUUUCCUAAAUGUUAAUUCAAGCAGAAUUUUUGUUUUAUAACCUCAACACUGUCAUUCAUACAUUUGACAUGGACCAAAAUAUUUUUGUACGGAAAUAGAGAAAUCAGACUAGAACAUUUUAAUCGAUGCAUAAAUUCCUGCGAACAGACCUUGAAAUGAAAUGCUUAUACUCACUAUAAUAUAAAUCACCAUAAUGUGACUUACUGAAACAGACCCACCCACACGUAGCUGCAAGACCAACUGUCCCUUUAUUCCAUGGACAUUGUUUCGAUUUUGUUUGUGUAUUCAUGACAACAGAGAAUGUCUUUGUGUUUUAGUGUUGUAAGGAGGAAGAGGAGGAGGAGGAGUUUUUAUAGCUGCAUGUACCAGGCAACCAAAUAUGGUGUGUGUGUGUAUUUAAAAUAAUCUGAUUUAUUCUUUAUUCUUCUUCUUUUAGUCUUGUUUGUCUACAAUUAGUAUGAGAUACAGUAGAUGGAAUUCGUCCUGAUCAGUGUUUAACAUCAUUAGUUUAGUCUUAAAGUAGCAGUAGCCUCAGGAGUGAAGACCAUUUAAGAGCACUAAGGACUGAGUCAGACCUCAAUAUGGAGUUAGAGCUGCUUGUAAAGUGCAAUAGAUUUAUUUUCGAUUUCGAACACAAGGACUGUUAUAACAAAGCUGAUCGUUGUCAAGUAACACAAUGCACAUUUCAACUCUUCCUACGAGCUUCGGCACCACCAUGUUUAGAAAUGUUUGUGCACUACAUGAGGCGAGGUGGGUCAGCCUGACAAUGACUUUUACUCCAGAUGUGUAAACACACCGAGGGAGUGGUGGGGUUUAAAUUAGUGAUUUAUCCUGGCACUGUGCCUUCAUACUACCACAACAAUGUUUUAUUUAUUAUCUUUGCAUAUCUUUCAUCAUCAAACUGUGUGGGGAUGCAUUAGAGACGAAUGAUGUUAUUUUAAAACCAAUUUAAAGAAAUAUAAAUUAAAUGAAAACACAAACAA